AUGGUCAAGCAGGUGCAAAAAGAUGUAUAUAUCCCCACUGUCGUCAGUGUGAGCAACUUGGCCAGGAUCUUAGAUAUGAGGCAGAAACGGAUGAUGCAGCUCAUGAAAAACUGGGGAAUGGAGGAGGUCAAGCCAGACCUUUUAGUGCUGUCAUCAGAGGAUGCAUCGCUCGUUGCAGUGGAACUAGGAUUUAAUCCAGUGAUAGACGAUGAAGCGGCGUUUGAUAUCUAUCCAGACGCCCCGCCCGCCGAACCUUCGACUCUCCCGCACCGACCACCAGUGGUGACGAUCAUGGGUCAUGUUGACCACGGCAAGACUACACUACUCGAUACCUUGCGGUCGACUUCUGUCGCAAAAGGCGAAGCUGGCGGGAUCACACAGCACAUUGGUGCCUUUUCCGUCCCCGUUGGAACGGCGAGUGAAAAUUCGGCCAUCAGGACAAUCACGUUCCUCGACACUCCCGGACACGCAGCGUUCACUGCCAUGCGCGCCCGUGGUGCUCGUGUAACGGACAUCAUCGUGUGUGUCGUCGCUGCAGAUGAUGGAGUCAUGCCACAGACACGGGAGGUGCUCAACCUUGCGAAGACGGAAGAGAACGUCGAGUUGGUGAUUGCAAUUAACAAAGUGGACAAGCCUCAGGCCAAUGUCGAAAAGGUCAAGAAUGCGCUCCUGGCUGAGGGGGUGCAGCUUGAAUCAUUGGGCGGGGACGUCCCGAGCGUUGAGGUGUCUGGUCUGACCGGCAAGGGGCUGGACGAUCUCAUCGAGACGAUCAGUACGAUUGCAGAAGUUGCGGACCUGCGCGCAGACCAGACGUCUAAGGCUGAGGGAUAUGUUCUCGAAUCUAAAGUCGACAAGGGACGUGGACCGAUAGCCACGGUAUUGGUUACGAGCGGCACCCUGCAACCAGGCGCGGCGAUUGUCGCGGGCACGGUGUGGUGUCGGGUAAGGCAGAUGAUGGAUGAUAAGGGUCAGUUCGUGAAGAAGGCGUCACCUGGCAUGCCCGUCACUGUCUCUGGGUGGAAGGAGCUACCUGAAGCAGGAGAUGAAGUGCUCCAGGCAAUCAAGGGAGAGGAUGACGCCAAGCGCGCUGUGGCGAACCGGAAACGGGAGAUUGAGAAGCGCAAGAUACUCAAGGAUGUCGAGAAGAUCAACGAAGUGCGCAAGGCUGAGCGGAUCGAGCGCGAGGAGGCAGCGCUGGCGGAGCAGAUGGGUGUAACUCGUGAGGCACACGAAGGAAAGCAGGAACAGGGGCAGAAAGAGCUCCGGCUCGUCAUUAAGGGGGACGUGAGUGGGACGGUGGAGGCCGUUGUGGGCUCUGUCAGUGGGAUUGGAAACGACGAGGUCACUACCAAAGUGGUUUCGUCAGGCGUGGGCGAAGUGUUGGAGUCGGAUGUUAGUAUGGCAGAGGCGUCGAAUGCUAUGGUCAUCGGAUUCAACGUUAAAUGUCAGAGGUCCGUACAACAACAAGCCGGGAAGCUCGGUGUACCUCUCUACUUCGACGACGUCAUCUACCGCGUGAUGGAAGAAGUGCGAAAACGUGCGAGCGCACUCCUGCCACCCAGGAUCGAGAAACACGUCAAAGGCGAACUCCAGGUAGCGGAGAUCUUCCAUAUCUCCCUCAAGGGCCGGAAGACUCAUGAUGUUGCCGGGUGCAAAGUGACGAACGGUGUGCUAGAAAAGAGCUCACGCGUGCGUGUGAUGAGGAAUGGCGAGGAGGUGUGGGAGGGCAUGGUUGCGGACCUCAAGCAUAUGAAGAAAAAUAUCACCGAGGCGAAGAAGGGCAUGGAGUGCGGCAUUUCUCUCGAAGGGUUUGAGGAAGUUCUGGUGGGCGAUGUGAUCCAAGCCAUAGACGUUAAGGAGAUCGCGCGCCAGGUAUAG